CCUCUGAACGUCGCCGGCAGAAGGGGUGGUUCUCUUUUGAUAAUUUCUGACUUGUGAGCACUUCACCAUGUUCACUUGCCACUUGUCAUUCUUUCUUGUUGUUUGUUGUGUACAUUUCUGAUUUCAUUCAUGCAUCAUCAUGUUGAUAUCAUAUGUAGGCCUAGGCCCCAUAUGAUAUAGGUGUCAAUAUACUAUCCAGCCAUUUUAGGGCCUAAACACUAUCACAAGACUUCUACUGUCAAGUGAUCAGAGAGACAUUGCGGCGAUUGUGAGGCCAUGUCAUUUAAAAAAAUCAUCAAUGAAAUCAAAAGCACCCAUCAUGUCUGAGUCCAUUUUUGCCUACCAUGACCAUUCAUGCCAUUAUACCAUGCAGAACUAUUGCAUGAUUGUCUCCCUGACAUUUUUCAUAAGUUCUUCUUCAGGUUCUCCCUUCCAUGUCAUUAGGUGAGCACAAUGGCCCUGGCCGUUUCAUUACGUUCACGCACCACCCAUAUCUUGAUCAAGACCACUGCCUCAAAAAUGAGGCGCUACAUAUUUAAAUGUAGGCCUACAUCCUAAUCGACUGAGGAUAGGUAUUGUAGACAACAAACAAAUCUUUAAUGACAGCUGGAUGACUUAACCAGUAACAAUAACUGCCAAGUAAUGUGUCUAAAAACAGCAUGUAGUCAAACAAACAUGUAAGAAAGUUUGAAUAUGCCAGUUUUCAUGUUGUUCCUGGUAGGCGGUUAGGCUGUGCGUGUUUGUGCAGGCCUCGAUCCUCCACCCACUUGUCUGCUGGUGGGGAGGUGUUGAUGUGAACCAGUGACCUUUUCCAUCAAAUAGGACACUUCCAAGAAAUGUGUCUGCAUGGCUUGUUGUGGUUGCUCCUCGGUCUCUAACAUGUGUGAGUGGUGAACACGUGGAGGAUUAUUCGCGAUUCUCUUGUCUUCGUGUGUGGAGACAAAACCAAGUUCUACAAUUGUGUUCCAUUCUGGCUCUAUUGGCUUAUCUAAAAACAUGUGAUGAAAAUGUUGUGAUUCUGUCUCAUUCAUGCACAUGCGUAACCGGCUCACUUUUGACCUGUGGAUAUGAGAUAGGUAGACAUCGGACUGCUUCAAUUCACAUUCAUGCACAUACGUAACCGGCUCACUUUUGAACUGUGGAUAUGAGAUAGGUAGACAUCGGACUGCUUCAAUUCUCAUUCAUGCACAUACGUAACGGCUCACUUUUGAACUGUGGAUAUGAGAUAGGAUCCGAUGCGGUGAGUGCUCUACAACCACGCUCGCUGUCAUGGCUUGUGGCCUGUUGUGGACGAAAUGACCAAACGUCAUUAUCAAAUUAGCGGAAAUCGUAUUCGGUAGAGCAGGUCACCUGACCUGUGAGAGGGAAGAUGGAUACGCCACGGGAUGGAUCCGGCUUGGAUAUCCGCAAGAUGGGUGUCCUCAAGAAGUUGAAGACAAACAAAAAGAAGUUUUUUGUGCUUCGGCAAAGCAGCAGCCAGGGCCCAGCGCGCAUCGAAUACUAUGACACCGAGAAGAAAUUCAAAAACAACAGCAAAGUGAACCGUAGCAUUGAACUGAAGGCAUGUUUCAACAUCAGCAAGAAGCAGGACACGAAACAUAAAUAUGCGAUCGCACUUUAUACGAAGGAUGACUGCUUCUCACUGGUCAUGGAGAGUCUGGCAGAGCAAGAGGCGUGGCUGCAGGCCCUCACGGACAUACAGAAUGAGGAGUAUGGAGAUGAGACGUCUUCAAGACUCGUGUUUGACUUUGUUUGGCAAGUCACCGUGAAGAACAGUGGUCUCGGUCUCGAGCGAGGCAUCACUGGACGCUACCGGCUCUGUCUGUCGGAUAAGUUCCUUGGCUUAAUGAAGAUGAGCAGUGAGGUUCCAGAGUUAUCAUUCCAGCUAAAUGUGAUAAGGAAGUGUGGUCACACGGAACAGUUUUUCGUGCUGGAGGUCGGGCGGUCGUCACCGAUCGGGGCAGGGGAGCUGUUGAUGCAGGUCGAUGACAUCCUGAUCGCCCAGCAGAUGCAUGAGGAGAUAUUGAGUGCUAUGAAGGCGGCCAAGGCAUCGCAGGAGCAAAUCACAUUCCGGCCGAGGACACGGAGCGCGAUCGAUAAAAAUAAACCAGGGAACACGCGGAGCAGUACGGCGAGUACGUCACCGUACCAGAACCAGAACGUGAAUCAGCAAGACCAGAUGCGAGGGCGUACGAUGAGUGAGGGCCAGAAGUCAGCGAUCAUGUCCAGUCCGCGAGCAAGAUUGAAUCUGUCUCCAAAGCUGGCCGACGGUCGCUUGGCAAGACCGUCCAGUACCUACACGCGGUCGGGAUCAAUGACUGGCGCGUCACCUUUUUCCAGUACAUCAAGUAUCCACGGUGAUCAGCAAGGCAGUCAUCGUUACCGCUCAGACAGUACUGGUUCACGCGGCACCUCGGCGAGUGGGGCAUCUGUUGAUGAGAUGGAUGCUAGCCCUGUUGGGUCGUACCAUGGUUUGAAUCGGUCUCUCACCCCCGAUUACCCAAUCAGAGAGGAGGGUACAGAGGACUACCUGACCAUGUCAUACAGCCGUGGUAGUGGCUCCAGUAGCUCAGCGUCCACGUCAUGCUCCAGCCUUGACAAGCGCCAACAAGCGGACACCUACAUGGACAUGGCACCCGGCACCAACACAGCAGCCUCCCAGGAUGCAUCUGAAUACGUGGACAUGAGCGCUGGCAGCAUUAGUAGCAGCAAGUCUUCGCUGAGUAGCGUGUCAAGGUCGGGUCAUAGCAAAGACCAAGUUGAUGCACCAGGAGUGGAGGAUUGUGGGUAUGUGGACAUGGGUUCCGUCAGCCAAUCACUGCCAACCGUCAGAGAGAGAACAGCACCAGAGGGCUACUGUGAGAUGACAGCAGGCCAGGAUGUCUACAGUCGGAGCGGGUCCGGUCUCGCUGUACGCCCGGACAAAGUCUACAGCUACCUAUCUGAGGAACCUCUCGAAGACUUUCCAAAACGGGCCUACUCAGUCGGAAGCAAACCGGACCUUAAACUCAAACCGCGACCAUAUUUAGAAAGUAUUGUACUCAAUAAGACUGAUUCACAGAAAAGCUCCAGUGCUCCCCAUCUCAACUCUGAUAAGAUUCCUGGACAUCAGAAAUCUGUGAGUCAGAGUCAUUCUCCGGUCGGCUCACAGAGUCCAGGGUCGCAGAAGAGUCUGUCCCGCCGUGCGUCACGUGAAGAUAGCGAACUAUUCAUGGAGAUGUCGUUUGAUCGUCCACGUACGGCGAGUGAGAGUCACGGGAGUAACUAUGCUCGUGUGCGCACAUCAAGCUGGGGACAGAACUUCCGCCCUCGGUCUAGUUCUCAUAGUCAAGCACAGAGGACGUACCGGCGGACACCAGACUCCAAACACAGCUCGCAGGAGUUGAAGAAAGACUCGCGGACCAGCUCGCAGGAGAUGGGCUCACAUGAAUUGCAUUCAAAGCAUCACAGCUCGUCAGAAAGUGUUAAACGUGGCUCACAGGAAUCGUUGAAAAAGAUCUCACAUGAAAGACAGGGUUCGAUAGAGAAGGCAAAGCGUGCUGCUAAAGACAAUGCUGAUGACAAUGAAUACAUGAUGGCAUUACCGGCUACCCAGAAAUCGAUGCCAGUACCGCCAGUGAUAACUGGUGUGGCUAAUGUAGCAGCGGGGGAGGAUUAUUUAGCAAUGUCGCCCGGGUCUUAUCAAGUUAGUUAUGGUCCGAGACACUCACCAACAUCGCUUAGGCGAAGCCCAAUUCUGGAAGGGGAGAGUGUGACAUUUGGUGUCGAGGAUAAGUACGGACGCGGUCAGGGCAACAGGGCUCACCACUCAUUGACGCCGGGCAAAUCAGGAAGUAUGAAAGUGCGGAAAGAGGGCGCAAGUAGUCAGAAAAUGCGGCGGGGAUAUUCUGCAGAUUCUUCUGAGAAUUGUAUGGUGCUUGGUUUUGGUGAAAAAUCAAAAUCGUGGCGUGAUGAAAGCACUGGUGGUGAUUCGUAUCUAUUGACAGCAUCAGGAAAAGACGUUUCUAACUCAACUGUUGUCACGGCAGCCAUGAUGGAUAAGAUUGUGUCACCGUACGGGCCGAGUCACAUGCGGAAUAAGUCACCGCUGAGUGUUGGCAGUCAUAGCUCUGUUGAUUCCUCGGAUGAUUACUGCACCAUGGAGACGGACAGUAGCUCCCGUUUCAGCGAUACUGGAAGCAACAGCAGUGGCUGUUUUGAUCCAUUCCAGUUGAUACGCAAACCAGAAUUUGAUCAAAGCCUGCGUGAAUCCGAGAAGAAGGUUUCUCGGAAACUAGACUAUGAUUCUGUAAAAAGUCCCUCAGAUUCGACAGGUUUGAAAACAUUGGAUUCUGGAGCGCAAAGGAGUUCAUUCGAAGUCAGGAGUGUGGAACCUCCGGAUUGUACACCAAAACCUCAAUUACCGGAGGCAGUGACUCCAAAACCUCAAUCACCGGAGGCAGUGACUCCAAAACCUCAAUCACCGGAGGCAGUGACACCAGAUUCUAAAAGUAUAAAUAAACCAGACUCAAAGAUGCCCGUCAACAGAGAAGAGAAAAAGGUACCGUCAAAAUGUUUGGAUCCAUUUGGUCUAUACAAACCCGAACCUGUAAAACCUGAUGUCAGUCAUCUACCAUCUCUUCCACCAUUAGACAUUUCAAACUACCCGAUGCCCUCUAUUCCAUGUCCAAGAUCUCCUUUAGAAAAAGUACAAAGUGUCUUCCCCGAGGACUUGCCCUCAAGAAAAGUGGAGGAUUUGAAAGUUAAGAGAUCUUCCUUGGAGGGUGCAACUUCCAAACCAGGUGAAACGAGUCCAAGUGCAUUCGUUCCCGGGCAGCGCAGAAGCUUGUCUGACUUGAGUCCUGUUGAGAAGUCAAACCCAGUUCAGUUCAAUCGCUCCAUUUCAAACCAAUCAACAACCAGUGAAGAACAUAAACUCAAUUACGCAGCAUUAGAUCUCGAUUCCUCAGAAGAUUUGCGUGCCACCGCUGGCCCCACCAAACCUGAAUCUGAUGGGAAACCAUUGCAGUAUGCACAGAUAGACUUUGUGAAAUCAGAAGGCCUAAAGUCCUCAAGUUCAAAUCUCCAACCAUCCAAGAGCACCAAACCUCCUUUUUGAUUUUCUAGGAUAAACGAUGUUUAGUGAUGCUAUUCUUGUGGGUGUCAGUCACUUCAAUGAAGUUUGUAAUACAUGGAUUUGGUGUUGAAAUGGACUUGUCAUGCAUCUCAUCGGGAGAACGCCCCAGCUUUACCUGAUUUCUGGAAGAUUUGUUUUGAUGUUUUUGAACGAACGUUUCCAACCAAGUUUUACUCCAACAAUGAAAUCAGUACGUUUACAGUGAUUCAUGUGUUCAAGUUGUCAUCCUGUUUAAAACCUUACUCACUUCAGUCUGGACUUAUUAUCAUAUAUUAUUAGAGUUCAAGGCUGUAAUUAAACCAACUCCUGUCACAAAGUUGAUGUACUUUGUUUUAAAUUCUAUUGACCCUUAUUAGGGUUGAAUAUCCCAAAGUUUGGGUGAUUUAUAGUCUGCUGCUAUUGCAGUUGACCUGCUAGUGAAUAUGAACAUUUCUGUUGUUAAGCUUUAGAAGCUGUGCUAUUGUUUAAUCAUAACCAUGGUUUCACAAAAUGGUGGUUCAGAGGUGAGUUUCAUACUUGUCUAAUGAAAUAUUUUGAAUUUCGCUACAAAUCCUGUUUGGAAGAGAGCCCUACCAGUGUUCAUUCAAAAUGUGCUCUUAAUAUGCUAAUUCGAUUGUAGCUUAUUCCAAAUGGGGAAGAGUGCCAGUGAACCAUCCUCCUAAAAGAGUAAUAUGGUCUACAUGUACCCUACUGUCAGAAUCAGCAGUUGUCUCCAGCUACGCAUGAGCAUGGAUGAGUAGACCUUGGUUACCCCUUGGUAACUCAUCCAUGUGCAUGCAUACAACAUCUGAAACUUUGAUCCGACGCUGGUGUUGACUCGAGGUGUGCUAUUUCUCCUGAAAUCUCAUUGUUGGCUAUAAAAAACUUUGAAGUGCUAUUUUAUGGUGAAUUUGUCAGUAUCAUAUUAGAAAUGUGUGAAUUCCCCUCUGAAUCCACGAACCAGUCGCUAUUGGCUAAUGCAUUAUUUGUAAAUAUGAAUAGAAUGUACUGUAAAAACCUGACUGUAAAUAUUAUUGAGGUAAAUAUACAGUAUAUGUGACUAUUUAUAAUGUAAAUCACUGUAAAUGAUGUCAUUUACAGAUUUUUGUGUAUAGCUGUACUCCCAUGUACAGAGGAUUCUGUGUAUAUAUAGCAGGCAGCCAUCUUGUUUGGUAUAUAGGGUGAUUGCAGUGUUUAGACAUGUACGUAUGAUGUAAAGCUAAUGUAUUCUGUAUAAACACUUUCAAUUAUAGUGUUGUGCAAGUCUUGAGGCCCAAAUGUAGCAGUGAUGGUUACAUAUGGGCCUGCUGUUAUUCUUAAACCUGGAGGGGGGGGCUGCAAAACCAGCUUCUAAUGGGAGGAUGAAAAACCUCUUUGAAAGGAAGGUCACAUGUGUUUAAUUUAAUGACUUUUCAAUUGUUACCAAGACGGACGACCAGUCCCACUGUUUAUUAUUUAUACGUUGUGUAGUGUAAGUGUAUGUGGCACUGACUCUGAAAUGGAUUUUUAAAUAUAAUUUACAAGGACAUCUAGCAAA